AUGCAAUCCCAGACCACAAUAAUUAGAAACACGGUGAACGACAUCGACGAGACAAUGCAGAGUGUGACGAAACAAGCCGAAGUUGUCGACGAUUCAAUAACUCAUGAACGGAUAACAGAGAUGCAAUCAAACUUUAUACUCACAAUCAACCUUCUUUCGAUAGAGGUAGAAAAUUUGGUAGACAUUGUUAACUAUGCAACGCUCGGACAUAUCCACAGUAGUAUAAUGAGUCCGAAAAUCAUCACACAACAAAUAAGUGAUAUUAAAAGCAAAUUACCGCCAAAUUCCGAAUUUCCGUUAGAAAUAACUACCAAUAGUAUAUCAGAUUUUUUCAAAUUAGCUACGGUUACAGUGAUAAGUGUGGAUGACACAUUAAUUUUUUCUGUCGAAAUACCCGUCACAAAUGGGAUUAGAUUUAUGAUCUAUGAAGUCAUACCACUACCUAUGCAGUUAACCCAGGAUCAAGUGAUUGUAAUCGAAGCUGAAUCAGCCUACUUAGCAGUGGACAAAACGCAAAAGAAGUCUUCAGUCUUCAUUGACUUUUUCCCUAAUAUUCCUCUAAAUGUAAUUCCAAUUAAUUUUAAAAAUACCGGAGGCGUCGAAAGACGACAUAUUUCAACUAAUAAGGGCAUUCAGUAUAAUUUCAAGAAUUUAGCUAGGCACGCGGGAGAUUUAAAAUCCUUACAGGAACAGAUAAACGUCGAGCUAAAUAGUAAUAAUAAUCAACAAAGGCACACUUACACCACGACAACGGACUACUUAAGCAACACAUUUCAAUGCAGCAUAAGGAUACCUUUAAUUGUAAAUAUUGUGAAAAAAGAUAUUCAAACAAACGAAGCCUUGAUCGUCACGCCAAAUGCCAUCAAAAUGAAACUCCAUUAG